UCUCGCGCUGUCUCAGUGUACGAUCCCUGUAAGAAUCUUUUGGUUUGAAAAAGGAGUAAAGAAAAUUGCAAAUCCCCCAUAAUGAGCUUUGUCUUUCUCUGUCAGUCUCAGGUUUUUGACCUCUUGUAUGCCCCCCCUCCCCGUCUCUCUCUCCCUCUGCUUUCUUUGUUCAAUGUUUGCGCCUCUUCUUCACCUUCCCAACAGUAAUGAUCUGCUGGCUGUGACCAUCACCAUCGCUAUCAAUAUCACCUCGUCCUCCUGCACUCCCUCACACCCUUUUCCUCUUUUGUGAACACUGAAAAAAGGUCACUUCUUUCUACUUACUGAAUCAGAGUUUAAUGGUGGGUUCUGCUCUUUUUUCGUUUCCUUGGCUCUGGGAUGAUGGGGUUUGGUUCUGAAACUGAACUACCAUUCUCUUCCCGUCCUCCUAAACAUUCUCCUCUCACCCACCUAACAUGCUCUCUCUCUCUCUCUUGCAGAUAUUCCUUAUUGAUCUUUGCAAAUGCACAUUCUCUUCCUUAUCUUCACCUUCAACAGCAGUCAUGAACUCCCAAACUAGCUGAGUUCUUGAUACACCGUCUAAAAGCAGAGCAUUUUUUAACCCAUAAACGAUGCCCAGUCCCUCCAUUUUCUUCCUCACUCUGUUGCUCGCCAUUUCCACAGCCACCGCCAGAACCACCGACAGAACCACCGACAGCCACCGCCACCACCGGCGGAUCCUCCACCAGCCCUUUUUCCCACUUGACUCCUUCCCUCCAACUCAGCCUCCAUCAUCCUCCCCUCAACAACAGCCAAAGCUUCCCUUUUCAUCAACACCAACAACGCCCUCCUCAUCGUCUUCCGCUUCCUCAACCCCACAAAAACCGUUCUUUCCCACCAUCCCGUCGCCGCCGCCGCCUCCCUCCACCUACCUCGCCACAUUCCCCGCCAACAUCUCCUCCCUCCUCUUCCCUCACUCCCCUUCCUCCCCUUCCUCUUCCUCCAACCACCUCAUUGCCGUCGCCAUCUCCGUCUCUCUCCUCUCCGCCGCCCUCAUCCUUACCCUCGCCGCCUUCCUCUACUUCUAUCGCAAGCACCGCCAUCACUUCCCUCCCUCCUCCUCUGCCGCCGCAGCUGCUGCCGCCGACGAGAAGGAAUCAAGAAUCGACAGCCUCCGCCUUUUCCCGCCCAACGCCUCCUCAACCUCGUCCUCCUCCCCUGGCGUCGCCGCUCCGGCCCGGAAAACCCCCAAAUCUUCUUCCAACAAUACCAGCAGGGAGUUUCUCUAUCUGGGUACUCUGCCAAAUCCACAAGGACAGAGCGGCGAAAUUGCCACUCCCAAAUCCAGCAAUGCAAGUGCAAAGAUCAGCAUCAUCCCGGGCUUGUCUUCAGCUUCUGCGUACCAGAAGCUGGGCUCGCCGGAGCUGAAGCCGCUGCCGCCACUUCCUCGGCACAAUUUCAGGCAAAGGAGUAAGAAUUCUGUGGUGGAAGACGACCGUGACAAAAAUGGAAAUGAAGAAGAAGAAGAAGAAGAGGAGUUCUUUUCGCCAAGAGGGUCUUCGGGCCGGAGAGAGAGCACCAUUGUCGACGAGCCUGUCCUGUCAAGCUCAAGGCGAGAGUUUUCCGGCAUCGCGUUAGUGGACCGCUAUGGGAGUAGGAGCUUCAAUUCAAGAACUGCAUCGUACCCGUACUCGAAUUCAGGGUCUUCGAGGCCUUCUCUGUCUCGCAGUCCUUCUCCACCUUUGAAUGCCAGCCCCAGGAGCUUGAAGUCGAGCUCGCCAGAAGCCUUUCUCAAAAUUCCGGCUCCGUCCCGAGCACAGCCGAUGAUUCUGCCGCCAAAAACCCCAUCUUUGAAGUCGUGGUCUUCGUCCUCUUCGCAAACAUCAGAAGCAGAGAGAGGUUCAUACGAUGUCAAGAAUGCAGUAGCUUCAGAUGUUUCAGGUGUGAAUAGAGAGCCUGUGGUGGGAAUUCAGAGUGUCCCGAAGCUUCCUCCGCCGCCUCCUCCUGUGCCGCCACCAAGAUUUUGGGAGAGGCCGGCCGCGAUUCGUGAUCCGAUCACGGGACGACCUCCGGUUCUUAUCGCACCUUUAAGACCUGCUGUGUUCCAAAACUUGGCGAAUGACGAAAUGCAGAGUGGUAAUGGCAAUGUUGAGGCUACUAGGCCGAAUGAUGAGGCCCCCAAGCCAAAAUUGAAGCCGUUGCAUUGGGAUAAAGUUCGAGCCACCUCGGAUCGGGCUAUGGUGUGGGAUCAGCUCAGAUCUAGCUCUUUUCAACUCAAUGAGGAGAUGAUUGAGACCCUAUUUAUGGUAAAUAGCUCCAAAUUAGGUGCGAAAGACAGCAUUCCCCGUUCCGUUCUGACUUCAUUGAACCCGGAGAACCGAGUUCUUGAUCCUAAAAAGUCACAGAACAUUGCGAUUUUGUUGAGAGCACUUAAUGUGACCAUUGAGGAAGUAUGUGAAGCUCUCUUAGAGGGUAAUGCCGAUUCUCUGGGGAGUGAAUUACUUGAAAGUUUGCUGAAAAUGGCCCCGACCAAGGAAGAAGAGCAUAAAUUGAAAGAGUUCAAAGAUGAAUCACCAUUUAAACUAGGUCCAGCUGAAAAGUUUCUCAAGGCUUUGCUUGACAUACCUUUUGCAUUUAAAAGGAUCAAUGCAAUGCUUUACAUAGCCAAUUUUGACGCAGAAAUCGAGUAUCUGAAACGGUCUUUCGAAACUUUAAAGGUAGCCUGUCAAGAACUCAGGAACAGCAAGAUGUUCUUGAAGCUAUUGGACGCUGUGCUUAAAACUGGAAACCGCAUGAAUGUAGGUACCAACCGAGGUGAUGCGCACGCAUUCAAGCUGGACACACUUCUCAAACUUGUAGAUGUGAAGGGCACAGAUGGGAAAACUACUCUCUUGCAUUUCGUCGUGCAAGAAAUAGUCAGAGCUGAAGGUUCCCGCUUAUCAGGGAGCGAUCAGAAUGCCAUGCCUGACAUAAAUCAGCAGUCCUCUCUUCGCGAUGAUCUUGAAUUUAGGAAGCUCGGGCUGCAAGUCGUGUCCAGUCUUAGCGGAGAGCUUACCAGUGUAAAGAAAGCAGCUUCCAUGGAUUCAUGUGUUCUUAGUAAUGAAGUUGCGAAACUGGCUCAGGGGGUCGUGAAAGUAAAGGAUGUCGUACAGCUAAGUAGCGAUGUUGCAGCCAGGGAGAGAGGGUCGAAAUUCGCAGAAUUCAUGAAGGGGUUCCUCUCAAAAGCAGAGGAAGACAUCAUGCGGAUCCAGGCCCAAGAAAGUGACUCCCUCUUGCUGGUGAGGGAAAUAACAGAAUAUUUCCACGGCGAUUCGGCUAAAGAAGAGGCACAUCCGUUUCGGAUCUUCAUGGUGGUGAGGGACUUCUUGUCUAUUCUCGAUCAGGUGUGCAAGGAAGUGGGAAAGAUCAACGAGAGAACGAUAUACGGUUCUGCUCGUCCAUUUUCUCUACCGGUGAAUCCUGCCAUUCCGCCACCGUUUCCCAUGUUCGUGGAGAGGAAGCAAUGCGGUAACUCAGAUGAUGAAGGACCGUCUUCAUCAUGAGCAUACUAACUCUUCUCAUCCCGCAUAGAUGUUCUCGAGAUCAAUUUUGCCGGGCAAUGAAUCCCGAACUUGGUCAUGACCUGCUUGAUAGGCUUCUGGGGAAUUGCUUGUGGAAUUGCGCUGAGCUUCACCAUAUAUCUUUUUGGUUCUUAUGUGUUCUGUUAAUGCUUUGAGGUCAAAUAUCUUACGUUAGUGACCAUGAAGAAUUCAUUUAGGAAUAUCGUAAUGGCGACUGUAAUUAGUGAGAUAUGUCUUGUAAAUGUAUGGUUUAUAAGAGAUGUAUCGUAUGUGCAUAUGAUGGAUCUCGCUGCAUAUAUUAUCGAACAAUGAAGCUCCUCGGUGCGUUUAUGGGUUA